CGUCGUCGCGAGGGGCGGAGCCGCGGGGCGUCGGGCCGGCUGGCGCGGCGGCGGCUGAGGCGGAGGCAGGGCCGGGCGGGCAGCGGCGAUGGGGCAGUGCGGCAUCACCUCCUCCAAGACCGUCCUCGUCUUCCUCAACCUCAUUUUCUGGGCGGCGGCAGGCAUCUUGUGCUAUGUGGGCGCCUACGUCUUCAUCACGUACGACGACUACGAUCAUUUCUUUGAAGACGUCUACACGCUUAUCCCUGCCGUGGUUAUCAUAGCCGUGGGGACGCUUCUCUUCAUAAUCGGCCUCAUCGGUUGCUGUGCCACGAUCCGAGAGAGUCGCUGUGGGCUUGCCACUUUUGUGAUCAUCCUCCUGUUGGUUUUUGUCACAGAAGUUGUGGUCGUGGUUCUGGGCUACAUCUACAGAGCGAAGGUGGAAGAUGAAGUCAAUCAUAGUAUUAAAAAGGUGUAUGAUGCGUACAACGGGACAAACCCAGACGCCGCUAGCCGCGCUAUUGACUAUGUGCAGAGACAGCUGCACUGCUGCGGCAUCCACGACUACACGGACUGGGAGACGACCAACUGGUUCAAAGAAACGAAAAACAACAGCGUGCCCCUGAGCUGCUGCAAGGCCACCGUCAGCAACUGCACGGGGAUCCUGGCUCGUCCCACAGACCUUUACGGCGAGGGGUGUGAGGUCCUGGUGGUGAAGAAACUGCAAGAGAUCAUGAUGUAUGUCAUUUGGGCAGCGCUGGGCUUUGCUGCCAUUCAGCUGUUGGGCAUGCUGUGUGCCUGCAUCGUGCUAUGCCGGAGGAGUAAAGAUCCUGCUUACGAGCUGCUCAUCACUGGAGGGACCUACGCAUAGAAGAAGCUGUGAACCCAAACUUGAAUUUUGUUUCCUCCUCUUGGAAAGGUGGUUUGCUUGGGUCUGUUGCAAGCGACUUGCCAUCGGCUUGGUUAAGCAAUCCAGGACAGCGAGCGCAUACACUGGUGACAGGCAAAGACGUGGCUUUCCCCUUAUUACUAUGACCCUCCCCCCCCAUCUAUUUUAGCCAGCUGUCCACAUAUCUGUAUGUUUCAAGUAACCAAAUAAACACUAAUUUUGGAACUAUUAACAAAAAAAACGAGCAGCGUGACGUGAGAGCUAUAGAGUGUGUUAGCCUAAGCAUGGUAAAUUGCCUCUGGACACCGUCCUGGUUUUGAUGGUUGCGUAUGGAAACCUUCCAGUCUUUGCUGUAUGGAAUAAUUGGCCAAAGUCGUACAAAAGAAGGUUGGCUGCUUUUUAAUUUUGCAACAGCUCGCGUGUCCCACGUCUUGCCUGUUACCAGUGUUUGUCUUCACAAAGCACUAAGCGAAGCCCAGAACACUACAAAACUACUACUAACCAAAAUUUUAGAAUCUCACAAGCGCAUCUUUUGACCUUCUUUUUAAAAAAAAAAUCAAAUGAGCAAAUCUUCCAAAACGUCUUUUGUGUUUUCAAUUACAGGCUGGCUUUUCAGGAGUAUAAUGUAUGCACUACUGUUCUAUAAUGAAUAUUUUCAUUUUUUUUCUAUGAGAAGCUGUUUUACGUGUCGAGUGAACUGUUCUUGUAGAGUAGCAAGAUAGUAUGUGAAGGUGAAUUGUGUAAAUAGAAGACCUGAUUAAAUAAAUCUUCUAUACAA